GCGCGGCCCUACCGUGCCGGCCCCUCGCGACCUCACCUCCUCCACCUCCAAUCCCCCCUGUCUGCCUCCCCUCGCCGGCAGGUUGCCCGUCGCAGCUCGGUCCCGCGGCCGCGCCGUAGAGACAGCACGCGAGCACCGGAGCAGCCUACAACAAGGAGUUGGAAUUCCGAAAAUUUCUGCUCUGCCGUUGCCACCAAAAGCCAUGCCGAUGUGGCGUCGAGUGCGGCCUCGAACGUCUGGCCAUGAGGACCGCCUUAGUGCACUCCAUGACGAUCUGAUCCUCCUCAUAGUAAGCAGGCUGGACACCCGAACAGCCCUCUCCAUGGCCGUCCUCGCCGGGCGCUGGGUUCGCAUCCCACGCAAGCUGUCGGCGCUCGACUUCAGGGUGAGCGACAUACUCCCGCCGGAGUAUGAACGGACCAUCGCCCUUCGCCAACGCAACAUACCGCAUGACGCCACUUUGGCCGGGGCACUCGACAGUCUCAAGGCACGAUGUGAGAUCGACACAAUAAGGUCAUUCGCCAACGGAAUCACGAGCUUCUUGGAAGCGGACAGUGGCCAUGAUGGGCGCGUGAAGACCCUCCAUCUCGAGUUUUUUCAGACAUACAACAGCAUCUGUGUGGACCGCCUGAUCAAUGCUGCGGUCGGCGCCUGGGGGGUGGAAGAUCUGGAGGUUGUCGUCAGGCAAUCAUCCGGUUAUGAUCAAACGCGGACAUACAACUUCCCCCACAACUGCCUCAACCUCCCGUCUUGCCUUCGCAGACUGACCUUGGGCAAGUAUUGUGCACUGCCACCGCUGCACAACUACAACACGCUUACCAAGCUUGUACUGCGUGACAUGUCGGCUUCCACGCCCGUGAACAUGUAUGAGAGGGUGUUCAGAGACUGCAUCGGGCUGCAGGUGCUUCACCUCACGUCCUGCUGCUGUGCACUUACCACUCUGGCGAACCUCGUCAUCCGAUUUACUGGGCGGAGAAGAUGGAUACGAGCCAGCCGUCCGGAGAGGAAGUUGCCGCACCUGAAAAGGCUCUAGUCGCCGACGUGCCUUCAAAUUGGGAUAUCUCAUGGACACAUGGCCUCCUCAUGGCCUCGAUAUUUCUUGAGGUCCUGCAUAUCCACGUGGCUCACUCGGAAACGGAGCCAGAUUACCUGCGCGGGAUGAAUUGGUACAAAUCACGCAAUGAGCUUCGACACCAUCAGCUCAAAGAAUUGGUCGUGAUUGGAUUCAUGCAGCGUAACAUAUGGCUUUUGAAGUAUGUAGUGAGGGUGUGCACAUCGUUGCAACACAUUGUUUUGCUGAAGGAUGGCCAUGUUCGGUACAUCGGACUCUGGGAUUGGCGGAUGGUCGGGCAGCAAACGUGUCCAUGGAGCGAUGAUGAGAAAAUGGUGGUGAGAAGAAUGAUGAAAAUGUUUGGGCUCAGGCCUCAUCCUGAACUGAUCUCGGGAUGAUCUCUUUUUUUGCU